AGGAAGGCCCGGGGAGGGACGCUUACAAACGGACGGAGACGCCGAGCGACGCACGUAAGUCAGCCUAGGCCACCCGUGCACUCAACGGGCACUUUUUCGUCUCUUCUGGCUCACAAAGUGUGUGGAUUUAGACCGUGGAAGUUCUCACCUCUUGGGACGCCAGCUGAAGGCUGAUCCAACCCAAAGAGGACAUUACGAGUGUGAGGACCAAAAUGGCUGACCAUAUUACUAUGCACGUGGCGUGUCUUUGACGAAGCGACCGAAAGGUUCCUGAACAUUCCCCGACUCUUGAAAGAAAAUCAACUUCCACCUGUAAAGAAACAUUCAUCAUGCCGAUCCUCAAGCAACUGGUCCACUCCAACCACCAGUCCAAGCGGCGUUCCCGCGCCGACCUGACGGCGGAGAUGAUCAGCGCUCCUCUGGGCGACUUCCGGCACACCAUGCACGUGGGGCGCGGCGGCGACGCCUUCGGGGACACAUCUUUCCUCAGCACGCGCUCGGGCGAGGCCCCGAACGCCGACGCCAAGCGUAGCUCUCCGGUCUCCAAGCCGUCGCUGCUGGCCCGCACCUUCCGCGGCAGCAAACGCUCGCACUCCGUCAACCGCGGGGACAGGUACGAGUACAGUGCCGCCGCGCCGCCCGCCGGCUCGGCCAACUUUGUGAAAAAUGCCAUCUCCCUGCCGUACCUCAACCUCCACGAGGGCAGCGGCAGAAGCCAGGGGACCGGGGUCUCUGACAGCAAGCCCGCCGACGGGCCGGCGGCCAUCGCCACCUUCGACGCAGAGUUUGACGAGCGCAACUUCGGCGAUCUCACCGAACUGCCACCAUCCCUGCCCAAGAGCGGCGGUGGCCUGAAGCACGCGGAGUCCAUGAUGUCCUUCCAUGUGGACCUGGGGCCCUCCAUGCUCGGCGACAUCCUGAGCGUGAUGGACAAGAAAGGCUUUGAGGACGAUGACCUGGGCUACGAGGAAGGCAAGGGCAGCGAGGGUCACGGCUCGCCCGGGCACAUCCCGCUCAUCGACGACGACGGCCCUGAGGAGCGGCGGCCGCCCGCCAGGCCGCCCCGCAUGAUGAUCUACCAGCAGAAGGUCAUGGUGGCGCCCUACAGCCCUGAGCUUCACACCAGGAAUAACCACCAGCAACUGGACAGCUGCUCCGUGUCCAGCUCCGGUUCGACCACCGAAGAAAAAACUCCGUACCCUCACCACAAUGACACGGACAGUGCCAAGUACAGCUCACCGCGUGGCGAAGAUGAGUUCUCCUUCAUGGACGACGAGGACGAGAUCCGAGUUUAAGACCGGACGCCGUUGGCAUCCUGAUCCUUGGGGAUCAACUGAAUCGUCACCACUAUUCAGUCGGGCCUCGGUUACGGCGUUCAAUACUGUCACUCGUCUAACCUCAUCCAUCGACGACUGUGGGGAGCUGGCUGCCAUUUCUGGAUGAUCGCAACAACGCCACGUUGAAACAGGAAGUGGAAGUUGUGGCUGGGAAUGUGAUCAAGAAGACUAGGGGCAGGGGGCUCUGGCCUUCGCGUGCACAGUUUGCAUGUCCUCCCGUGCUUGCGUGGGUUUUCUCCCGGCACUCCGGCUUCCUCCCACAUUCCACAUGCAUGUUAGGUUCAUUGAAGACUCAAUAUUGUCCUAAGGGGUGAAUGUGUGAAUAACGGUUUGUGUAAAUGUACCCCGCCUCACCCCAGUGAGGAUAAGCGCUAUAGAAAAUGAAUGAAUGGAUUGAUGGAUUAAUGACUUGUACAAGUGUUUACAGGGUCAUUCACAUUUUGAGUACGGUCUUAAAGGGUCCCUUUGCACUUAAAAUUGUGAGUCGCAUUAAAACAUUUACAGAGUGUAAUUUAAAAAAGAAAAAGGUCUAGUAUGUUUUUUGGUGAUGGUGGCCAAGUAAACGUCGUUAGCUAACACGCCGAUGUUGUUGCAGUCGAAGCUUAAAUGGCCUCCAACGGGAACUCCCCAAAAUGGACGUCGUCGUGACAGAAUUCGCACAGAACUAAAUAGACGAGGGACUCAACCGAUAACGGACGCCGUGUGUGGGUCAUUGCCAUGCUGCGCGCAGGAAAUUACUUACCGACCACAAUAUUUGGUACACCUGCAGCCAAAAACAAUAUUUUCAUGACAAUAAUAAAAGAACUAUUUUUGUAAAAAUAUAAACUAUUUUUCUAAUUGUGGUUGUACUUUGCAUUUUACAAAAUAAAACUACAAAACUGCAAUCAAAACACAAAGAUAAAUUCAUAUUUUAAGUAAAAACAUUUUUGUAAGAAAAAAAAAAAAAACUUUGUAGAUGCCACAUUACAAAUUAAUAGCACUAUUAAUCUAUUUUGUAACAUGCAUGCUACAACCACUAUAUUUUAAUUUUUGUUGCAAUGAGGUUUUAGUUUGUAUAUUAUUAAACUAAAAAAAAAAAAAUUCCAUCUAUUUAGUAACAUGCAGUGUGAUUAGCCGCUCUGGUAAUUAUUUUUAUUUUUUUAAAGAAUUGUUUUUUAAAGAAUUUUUUUUAUCUCUGAACUAUUAGUUCAUUAUUUGUAUAAUUGUGGUUGUAGUUUGCAUAUUAGUGAAUAAAAAUGAAAUAUAAGGAAAUAUAUUUGGUAACGUGCAUGCUAUAACCUCAAAAAUAAAAAAGAUGUACUUUGCUAAAAAUACAAUUUAUUUCAAAAACAAAAAAAUUGUUUUAGGUUUGGUAAAAUGAUAUUGAAUUGUCUUUGUAACUCCAGAAAAUGGCGCAGGUGUACCGAAUGUUGUGUCCAGUGUGUUGUACGUUAGCUAAGUUUAUUUUAAUCACUUUGUCGCUAACAUUAGCAGCAGGUUAUUUUCCUCGUGUUUCUCGAGAUUCGGUUUCAUUUCAGUCUUUUCUUUUUAUAUAAAUAUAAUUUCUGAGGUAUAAGGGCCAAAUUUGAACGUGCUUAUCCACUCCGCGGAAUUGUUGUGCCAUCAAUGCUUGUGAACAGUUUGUUGUGUUAUUCAACAAUCUGUAAAAUUGCUGUAAAGAGAAAACACAACAAUGGGCCAUUGCACCAAAUUGUUGUGUAUGCUGUCUGAACUGCGUGGACUUUUUUUUUUUUCCCGAUGCUUUUGAGCUGCAAAAAAAAAAAGAGGGGGGGGGGGGGAUUUAUUAAAAUGCAAACCGCUGUAAAAAGAUGUUUUCUUGCCAAGUUUGUGCCAUCUUAUCUGCUCUACGACAUAACACUAUCCACCCUUAUUUUGUUUUUUUUGUUUGUUUUUCAAUAAAAGACAUCGCUGGUGAA